AUGCGUAGAGUAACGAUAAUACCUGAUGAUAUUCAAACUGAUAAGAUAUUUAAAUCAAAACGUGGACCAACAUUUCUUGCAACUUUUCUCUUGGCUUUAGCAUGGUUAAUAAAUGAAUUAGCAUUAGCAUGGGUACAUGAUCGAAUACCACGUGAUGACGUACGUCCAUUGCCGGAUUUAUGGUUUAGUUUGUUUCCAGAAAUAACAAAUGCAAUAUUAGUAACAGAACUAAUAAUGAUCACUCUAUUGGUGAUAUUAUUCAUCGUAAUGUUUUGUCACCAACAUCGAUGGAUUGUAAUUCGGAGGGUUUUCUUUUGCGCCGCUUUGUGCUAUACCUUUCGCGCUUUUUGCAUAUUUAUAUUUCAGGUACCGGUACCAAGUAAGAAAACAUAUUGCGCACCAAAAAGUAAUGGUAGCUUAAAUGUAAUUAUUAGUCGAGUGUUAAAAACAUUUUGGUCUGCUGGAAUUGAACAACUUCGUUCACGUGAGCUUUGUGGUGAUCUGAUCGUAUCAGGACAUACCAUAUCAUUAUUUAUGGCGGCAUUAACCUUAAAACAAUAUUGCCCAGAAAAACUUUAUUAUUUGGCUCAAUUAUGUUAUUGUGCCACAUUUAUAGCUGUCCCAUGCAUUUUAUUAGCCAGAAAGCAUUAUACAAUCGAUGUCGUAUUAGCUUAUUGGCUUACAACACGCAUCUUUUGGACAUACCAUUCAUUAUCACAUUCUUAUCAUUGUGGUGAUUUCGAUCAAAUUCCUUUAAAGCAAUCAAUUUGGGCUUGUAUGGUACCAUAUUUGGAAGCAGAUGCGCCACCACCGCAAUAUUUUCAAAAUCGACUGAAAUCCAAUUGUCCACAGUAUCAUCCAAUUGUCCACAGUAUUUUCGAAGAAAAAUUGUUUUAA